AUGAGGCUACUCGACACCUCGUCGUACAAACUCACCGAGUUCCAUGGGGAGAAAAUCCCGCCUUACGUGAUCCUAAGUCACACAUGGGGAGAAGGCGAGGUUCUCUUUCACGACAUCCAGAACAACACAGCCGAAUCUAAGAAUGGUUUUAGAAAAAUGAUCGACUGCUGUCAAAAAGCAGUGGAGGACGGCUUCCAGUGGGUGUGGAUUGACACUUGCUGUAUCGACAAAUCCAGUAGCGCUGAGCUCUCCGAGGCCAUCAACUCAAUGUACCAGUGGUACAGAGAUUCGACCAUAUGCUAUGCCUACUUGGAAGAUGUGGAGAACGUCUCAAAGCGCUUCACGAAUAGCCGAUGGUUCACCCGAGGGUGGACGCUACAGGAACUGAUAGCUCCACGGAUAGUCGAGCUCUACACGACGCAUUGGGAAGAGAUCGGUACCAAGAGGAGCCUCAUUGCACAAAUCGAAGGCACUACAGGGAUACCGGCUCGCAUACUGCAUGGCGAAAGCGUGUCAACGUGCAACGUUGCACAACGCAUGUCAUGGGCGUCAAAGAGACAGACAACGAGACGAGAAGAUAGAGCAUACAGCUUGAUGGGGCUGUUUCAAAUCAAUAUGCCGCUGCUCUACGGCGAAGGAGACAAGGCAUUUGUGCGCCUUCAGGAGCAUAUCCUCAGACAGGAGGAGGACUACACCAUCUUUGCAUGG